GUGUUUAGUGACGUGGAUUUUUGCCUUGGCGCUCUCCCUCUACUUUCUUUCUCCAUUCUCUGCUCUCUCUCUCUCUCUCUCUCUGCCCAGUUCAAAGCACACUUUCAUUCUCCUCUCUUUUCUGGACUCCUUUUAGAGAGAAAGUAGAGAGAGAAAAUGCCGAACUUUUCACAUAACUAGCUUAAAAUUUACAUUUUCCGGAGCUUUUCUCUCCCCGAAGCUUACGUUUUUGCUUUAGCAUUGAAUUGCUGGAGUAUCCAGUUGGCCAUAAGCCAUGGGAAGCAGCGAGGAAGGGAAAUCUUGUAAACCUGAGAAGUCAUCUUCACCCACACCGGAACUGGGCAAUAUUCAUGUGUAUCCUGAUUGGGCAGCAAUGCAGGCCUAUUAUGGACCCCGAGUCACUGCACCUGCAUAUUUCAACUCAACUGUUGCACCUGGUCAUGCUCCUCACCCAUAUAUGUGGGGACCACCACAGCCUAUGAUUCCACCUUAUGGGGCACCAUAUGCCGCAGUAUAUGCCCAUGGCGGAGUUUAUGCACCUCCUGGAGUUCCUGUUGGUUCACAUGCUCAAGGUCAUGGAGUCACAGUAUCUCCUGCAGUUUCUGAAGCAAUGGCUGUUGCUUCUUUAAGUGCUGAUACAUCUGGCAAGUCUUCAGGGAAUACAGAUCAAGGUUUGAUACGCAAGCUGAAAGGCUUUGAUGGGCUUGCAAUGUCAACAAGAAAUGGCAACACAGACAAUGGUGAAGGUGGAGCUGACCAGGAACAUUCCCAGAGUGCGGACACUGAAGGAUCCAGCGAUGGAAGUAAUGCAGCUGGGGCCGGCGAAAACAAUAAGAAGAGAAGCCGGGAGACUACUCCUACUGACUCUGAUGAGAAGACACCGACCCGGAGCUAUCCAAAUCCUGCUUUGGAACUCAGUGGAGCUACUGGGAAGGUGAUAGGUAUGGCUGUUUCUCCUCAGACUGUAGCGGGAAAAGUGAUGGGAUCUGUGCUUUCCCCUAACAUGGCAACUGGACUUGAAAUAAAAAGUCCUGGUGCAAAUAUGAAGGCCAGUCCAACCAAUGUUCCACAACUCGGUCCGCAAAUGCCAAAUGAUGCCUGGUUACAGAGUGAGCGUGAGUUAAAGCGUGAGAGAAGGAAACAGUCUAAUAGGGAAUCCGCUAGGAGAUCAAGAUUAAGGAAACAGGCUGAGGCUGAAGAGUUGGCCAUGCGGGUCCAAUCACUGACUGCUGAGAAUAUGACCCUUAAAUCUGAGAUAAAUAAACUAACUGAAAGUUCUGAUAAGCUGAAGAUCGAAAAUGCUGCACUAAUGGAGAAACUGAAAAAUGAAAAAUUAGGAAAGAUGGAAGAGCUAAGUUUAGGUAAGAUUGCUGACAAGAGACCCCAACCAGUAACUACCGUCAACCUUCUCGCAAGAGUUGACAACUCCAGCUCUGUAAAUAGGAAUAACGAUGAGGAAGAGGAAAUGUAUGAGAAUAAUACCUCUGGAACGAAACUCCAACUCACUGACAGGAGUCCUAGAACUGAUGCUGUGGCAGCUGGAUGAGAUGAUGAAGCAACCUAUGAUUUUUGUUGUCGCCCAUUUCCAGUCAAAAGCUUCAAUUGAUGGUGUAAUUUUGGCAUAAUUUAUGAGCCCAGAAUUACUUCUAACUGUAGAACAAGAUCUAAACUAAAAGUCGUGGAAUCUGAUUUUUGUAAUACUGUAAUGUAGCACUUGGCAGACUGAGAUGUGAUUUUUCUCUGCUAUUCAGAGUGCCAUCCGGGCCAUGAUAGUAGCUGUAUAUUUACUAAAUUCAACGUUCUAUAAAGUACUCUCAACGACUAUUAACUAUAUAAUGGAAUGGUUGUCGUUUCUUCA